AUGGAUAUACCGAAAUCAGUAAUACUACUGUGCUGCGUCUACUACGGUUUCGCAUCACACGAAAGUCACACAAUACCUGUCGAAGACUAUGAGACGGAGUUACACAAUCUGGGUGAGCACGUCGAGAUACCUGAAACGCCAGUAAGAAUAAUUAAAAUAACCAAAACUGUAGCUGUCAAGGUGCCAGUGCCUUAUCCAGUAAAAGUGAUCCAAAAGGUACCAUAUCCUGUGCACAUUUCUAAACCUUAUCCAGUACCAGUGCCGCAGAUUGUCAAAGUUCCUCAUGUCGAGUCACCAAAAACAUUGCCUGCCCACGAACCCUUCGGUAGCCAAGACAGCAAACUCCAUCAAUUCCACGAUCAACCCGGCGAUUAUCAGGUACAAGAGCAUCAUUCACAGGACGGGUCAACGAACGGAGAAUCUUAUGAGCCCCAAAUUCAUUCCUACAGCGAAGGACAUUCCAGAAAAUCCCAACAGUUAGUGCCCUAUGGUGAUGACUACGCUUCGGAAGGAGCUCCCGGUAAUUCGUUCGGAGAUACUCAUAACUAUUAUGGAAACACCGGUGGUCAUGACGUGGAUUCUUUAGACUCAAAAAAUUAUGACGACGCUAUUAAAAACUACUUGCAUAAUGUUAACUCUUACAGUAAUGCGGGUCACAGUCUCCAAAAUCAUCAUUAG